ACAUGAGAGCGUCGUUAGGUUAACAAGCUCUGUGUACGGAACUGAAGGAGCGUCAAUGAGACAUGAAUGAAGUCCUUAAUCUGCACUCGCCGCACUGAAGUGACAGGGAAAGAUGCCUCUGCCACCAGCUCUUCUGGCUCGUUUGGCCAAGAGAGGAAUCCUGAAACAGUCAGAGCAUGAAACUGAAGAGGAAAUCAUCGCAGAGGACUAUGAUGACAACAAUGUAGACUAUGAAGCCACAAGGAUGGAAAACUUACCCACUAACUGGUACAAAGUUCUGGAUCCCACCAGCGGCCUCCCGUACUACUGGAAUGUGGAGACAGACAUGGUGUCCUGGUUGUCCCCCAAUGACCCUGCUGCAGUCAUCACUAAGGCAGUCAAGAAGCAGAGAGUGGAGAUUGUGGAAGAACGAGGGGAUGGUCACCAUGAGAAGUUGGAGAGAGAGCGAGAGCGUGAUCGAGAGCGAGAGAGAGAGCGGGACCGGGACAGAGACAGAGAGCGAGAGAGGGACGAUGGGCGGGACAGAGACAGGGAUAGGGAUCGGGACCGGGACAGAGAGAGAGACAGGGACAGAGACAGACGAAUGAGGAGAGAAGACAGCGGGCCAUACAACAAAUCAAAGAGAGGCGGAAGCCGAAAGCAGGAAGAGAUGGAUCCUAUGGAUCCUAGUGCCUACUCAGACGCUCCAAGAGGCUCAUGGUCCACUGGUCUGCCUAAGCGUAACGAAGCUAAAACAGGAGCAGAUACUACGGCAGCAGGACCCCUGUUCCAGCAGAGGCCAUAUCCAAGCCCCGGAGCAGUGCUUAGGGCCAACGCUGAGCUCACCAGACGUCUGGAGGAGGAGCAAGACGAUGACUGAGCAGGAACACAGCAGCCAUAGAGCCUUUAUAACAACUUAAGGAAUAAUAAAUAUCAACAACAUGUGGAAACUUACCAAUUUAAAUCUAUAUACAUAACUGUAAUAACUCUGGCUAACUUGCCUAUGAUAAUGGCAAUUGAACUAGAACAUUAGUGCCACCCAUUAGAAAACAAAAGGUUUUUUUGGAGACCUAACUUGGAGAAACUUAGCCUGUCAUAUGCAGCAGCUGUGCAGGUGAAGUACACAAUAAGAAACAAAGAAAGAAUUACUCAGUGCAUAAUGCAUCACUUAGGGCUUUGCAUCACCAUUGGUGUCACUUGCCCUCAGCCAGUCAUUUCUCCCCUGUUCACCAUUCUGGUAAAGCUUCUCAUUGGCCUUGUUGAGCAGGUUCAUCAAAUCAAGGGCUUUUUAGAAGCAUCUGAUGAUUGAAUUAGGUCUUGAUGUUACUGCAACUGUGAAUGAGGUUUUUCCUACAAUGGAUGAAUGAAAAAAACAAUUCAUCUAGCAUGUGGUUAAAGUUUAUAAAGGCUCUAUAGGUUUACUUGCUGUAUUAACGUCACACAUGUAAUGGCGACCCUGCAUAUGUCCUGGUUUUAUGAUCUCUUGCUGGUAUGCCCGAUUGACAUUCAUUGCAUUUGUAAAUAUACAUUGUAUUAUACAUUUUGUAGUAAGAUAAUGCAGUGCUUCUUUUAACUGUGAAUGUUCUGGAAGAUAUUAAUGUAAAAAGGAACAGUUUUAUUUCCUGGCAAAUUAAACCUUUUUCAUAAAUACAAAA